GAUACAGGGGAAAUCCAACCUAUGAGUAUAAAAAAGGAAGCCUUCCGUUUGUGUUUCAGUUCACUUAUUGAAGUCGACCUGAUACAUACAUCAAGCCAGGAGAAAGUCUGGAUCAUUCUUUGCAUUUCUGAACGGAUUAUUCCCCAUUUGAAACUACAAAGAUGCCGGUAGCAAGGAUGAAAAUGAGACCUUGGUUGGAGAGAAUGAUCGAGUCCAAUAAAGUUCCGGGACUCAGUUGGGUGGACAAGGAUCAAAAGAUGUUCGCCAUCACCUGGAAGCAUGCUGCAAGACACGGCUGGCAGGUGGAGAAGGACGCCAGUCUGUUCAAACACUGGGCCAUUCAUACAGGGAAAUUCAAAGAAGGUGUAGACGAAUCAGACCCAAAGAAAUGGAAAGCCAACUUCCGCUGUGCCAUGAACUCACUGCCAGACGUUGAACAAGUGAAAGGCAAGAAUGUCAACAAAGGCCAACAGGCAGUGCGGGUUUACAAGAUGGUGGCAGUCACCGCAACUAAAGACAGGCGGACCAAAACCAAGGAUGGAAAGAGAAGGAACAAGUUAACAAAGGCCAGGUUGGAAGAGACAGACUUCAGUGACACACAAUCGUGUGAAGAUCAACAUCCACCCCAUUAUGACGACACAUGUUCCCCACAGGAAAACACAAUUGACAGCACAGAACAAGACAUGAUAUCUCUGCCUCUGAGUGCAUCUGAGGUACCGGAUUUUGAAAAUGUAAUCACGAUUGGGAACGACAGCAACAACGCAGAUUACUUCUACCGUAGAUUUGAAGUUUCGCCAGAACACUCACCAGAAUUUGAAGACGCAGAGGAGCUCUUAAAGCUAUGCCAGCAGCUGGAGCCAGAAACAAAUUGGAUGCAAAGCAGUUCAGAUGACCGGCUGAGCAGUGGCAUUCACUCAGACUCAAACUACAGCCCACACAGCCAAUGGAGUGACACAUCCUCAGAUCAACUUCCAUCCCUGAAGCAUCUUGGACUAAGUGAGACGGAAGGACAACGACUCACUGACAAUAAAGACAUGUGCUGGAUCCUACUAGCACGAGGAACACAUCAUGUCCGCCUCUCCCCUCCUACUGAGCAUCGCUGUGGAAACAGACUUUAAGAUGGGUUUAAAAAAGGUUUUUCUUCAGUUCAGGGAAAAGAAUCCUCACAACUGCAUCCACUUCUUGGUUUUCUAAAGAGGGAAAAAAAAAUGGUGCCUCUUGUUUCAGCAAACUUUCUAUAUAUUGUCGCAGGCAGCAUUAUUAAAUACAUUAAACAGCUAAUAGUUUUGCAAAGGUU